AUGUCUGCAAAAUUGAGAAAGUCCUCACUCCAUCCACAACCUUCAGAGGAGUCUGACAGCAUUGUGAUAGUGAAGAUGGAAGAGGAAGAGCAGAUCUGUGAUCUGGACUCCAGCCUCCCCUGGAGCACCUCCUGCAGCCCAGAGACCUUCCACCAGCGGUUCAGGCACUUUGGCUACCAGGAGUCGCCUGGGCCCCGGGAGGCUCUGAACCGGCUCCGGGAGCUGUGCCAUCAGUGGCUGAGGCCCGAGGUGAACUCCAAGGAGCAGAUCCUGGAGCUGCUGGUGCUGGAGCAGUUCCUGGCCAUCCUGCCUGAGGAGCUGCAGGCCUGGCUGCGAGAGCACCGGCCCGAGAACGGAGAGCAAGCCGUGACUAUGCUGGAGGAGCUGGAGAAAGAGCUUGACGGGCCAACUGAGCAGGUGUUUUUUGGACAAAAUGAAGACAUGCUUGCAGAGAAGUUGUCACCUUGGGAAAUUCAUCGGGAAUCACCAAAUAGCCAGAUCAAGCCCAUUAAGAAGCAGCUGCCAUUAACAUCACGGGAGUUUCACUCAAGACAAAAAGCGAAAGAGAGCAAAACUAUCAAUGUGAAUUCAGCUUCGAGGCAAAAGACUCCUCCAACCAUAGAACUGCCUUACAAUAUUUCUGACACCCUUCAUAUGAAUGCUUCCCAGAGUUUCACGUAUAGAAGAGCUUGUGAACAAGAUAGUGGGUUUGAAAGAAAACAGAGAAACUCUUCUGGAAAAAAACAACAUAAGUGUGAUGAAUGUGGCAAAGUCUUCAGUCAGAGCUCAGCCCUUAUCCUACAUCAUAGAAUCCACAGCGGAGAGAAACCUUAUGCAUGUGAUGUGUGUGCAAAGGCUUUCAGCCGAAGUGCAGUCCUGAUUCAGCAUCGACGAACUCACACAGAUUCAAAAUACGAGAAUAGGAUUGAGGAGACUCAAAAGAAUUGA